AUGGAAGCAACAACAUUAACAACAAUUAACCUCCCAAGCUUCACCGCUUCAGUCCCACAAAAGCCUCGAUCACAAUUGUUCACCUGUCUAGCGUGUCAAGUUACUUUCCCAGCAGCAGAUCUGCAAAGAGAGCAUUACGGGACAGACUGGCACCGUUAUAACUUGAAACGUAAAGUUGCAGAAUUGCCUCCUAUUACCGCUGAACUUUUUACGCAAAAGGUUUUAGCGCAACAGGUGCAGAAUAGAGAUAACGAGGCUAAGGCAUCGUUUUCUGCGGCGUGUGAUGCAUGUGGUAAAAUAUAUUACUCAGAGAAUGCUUAUUCCAAUCAUUUGCAAUCAAAUAAACAUAAAUUGGCGGAAAUUAAGGCUGCGCAAGAAGGGGUUAAGCAAUCAAAGAAACCAUUAACAGAAAAAAAUAUUGAUACAAAUACUACAAAUAAAGAUGUAUCCACUGCUAUGAUCACCGAAGAAACAACAGAAGCUGAACUUCAAGAAAUAAUGACGAAAAAAAUAGCAUCAGCUGUGAAACUUACCGAACUGGACUGUUUAUUUUGUGUUCACAAAUCCUCGACAUUCGAAUCAAAUCUUCAACACAUGACGAAAGCUCAUAACUUUUUUAUUCCAGAUUUAGAGUAUUUGGUGGAUUUGCGUGGGUUAAUAAAAUAUCUGGGCGAGAAAAUUACAGUUGGGAAUAUUUGUUUGUACUGUGGUAGGGGACUGAGAAGUACGGAAGCUAUUGAUAAAGGUCAUUGCAAGGUUGCGUAUGAUCGUGAAGAAGAUAUUAUGGAUAUUGUCGACUAUUAUGAUUUCUCUUCAAGUUAUCCAGAUGAGGAAUGGGAGGACAUAGAGGACGAUGAAGAGGUAGGGGAUGAAGAAAUCCUGGUUGAAGAUAGAUCUGGUGAAAUUAAUGCUAAAAAGUUACCUGAAAGAGCCGACGUAUUUUAUACAGAUAAUGAAACAGAAUUAAUAUUGCCGUCAGGCGCGCGUAUUGGACACCGCUCUCUGCAGCGAUACUAUAAACAAUAUUUACGUCCUCGAGAGCCACGAGAAAACGCAACAGUGAAUCGGUUGCUUACGGAUUAUUCGCGUGAUUUUGGGUAUCAACGUACAUCGAGAACUCGUGAGUCCGGAAUUAUGGUAACACAUCCUGUUGAUAAAAAUGCAGAUACGGCAACGCGUGUUGCAUUCAAGGAUAAACGAAGACAACACGAGUUUGAUGUGCGUGUUGGUAUCAAAGCAAACAAGUUGCAACGAUAUUUUCGCGCUCAAAUACUUUAG